CUUUCGGCCUCUUAUCGGCGGGGAGCGAAGCCGCGCAGUUGAGAAACGCUUGUGGCCGCGGACGAACGUUCCCUCGCCUCUCGUGAAUCGUCGAAAUCCGUGUCCGUGUGGUUGCGUUAAGGCGCGCGCCUUCAUUUCUUUUUCUCUUAGACAUCUUACUUUCUACGAGGACGUCGGUGCUGCUGGCGCCGAUAAAAUAACCGAGCGAGCCAUGGUUGGUAACCUAAAAUUGUCCACGAGCUCCCAGUGCAUCAAGUACCUUAUGUUUGUCUUUAAUCUACUGUUCGUGAUUACUGGAAUUAUUUUAUUGUCAAUUGGAUCGGUAAUACACAGUGUCUAUUAUAAUUAUCAUCAUUUUCUGGAUGACAGAUUUUUCUCCGUACCAUCACUCUUAAUAGCGGUUGGAUCUAUUAUUUUUUUUAUCGCCUUUUUCGGAUGUUGCGGGGCUGUGAGGGAAAAUUAUUGUAUGAUUGUUACGUUUGCAACCCUGAUGGUCCUAGUGUUUAUUUUAGAAUUAUCUGCUGGUAUAUCCGGUUAUGUUUUGAGAAAUACCGCAUCGGAAAAUAUUCAAGAAAAAAUGCUCGAGACUAUGAAAAAUUAUAACAAGAGCGUGGAUAUAACUGAAGUCUGGAAUAAGCUACAAAAAGACUUUGAAUGCUGCGGGACGAAUAACCCCACGGAGUGGACGCGGCUCUUGGGAAACGACACCCUGCCUACCUCGUGCUGCCCGACGCAAAACCUCAAAGACCUCGGCACCAUUUCAACCUGCCACAUCAACUCCACCAAUGUCUACAAAGUCGGCUGUCUACCGGCUCUCGAGUCAUUCGUCAAGGCGCACGCGGUGCAACUCGGUGGCGCUGGCCUUGGCAUCGCCUUCGUCCAGGCCACGGGCAUCUGGUUUUCUGUGUUUCUCGCAAAGUCCAUCAAAAGAAGCUAUGAAAAUAUCCAUAGCCUCGAUUCUCAAAAAUAAAGAACAUUUCGCUCAUUAGAUUAAAUAAAUAUUGCCAGUGUUCGAG